AUGGGGGCAGUUUCUACCAGAGCACCUGGCUUACUCAACACCACCCGCCUCCGCAAGAGGCUGGCAGACCCUGCAGCCUUGAAAACCCCAGAUCAUCAAAGCCCAAUACCUCCUGACCUGGCAGAGAAAGAGGCAUUUGGGAAGCUGGUACAUCACAUGUGCAGUGGACCGAGCCACCUCCUGAUCCUCACCAGGCCUGAGGGCACGGAGGACGUGACCGCUGCCUGGCGAACGCUCAUGGGGCCCUGUGACCCUGAUGUGGCAAGGAGGGAGCAGCCUGACAGUCUCCGUGCUCAGUUCGGCACAGAAAUGCCCUUUAAUGCAGUCCACGGAAGCCAGGACAGAGACGCCGCCAGCCGGGAACUGGCAUUGCUCUUCCCCACAUUUAAGUUUUCAGAUGAAGUUCUAGAAGCCUCUCUGGGCCACGGGGCUGAAGGAGCGGCGGGCCCCACCGAGGCACGUCGAUUCCCUGAGGACAUGGACUGAGAGGCUGGGUUGCUCUUCCGGAGCAUGUGACCAGGGGCAAGGCCACGAGAUGAAAUGUCAGUGCACUCGAAUCGGCUGCACAUAGGAAAGCUCCAGAAUCGGAACUUACUCUUUUCAGCACCAAUACUUUUUUGGUUUAGCUAUGUCUCAUGAACAAUAAGAAUAGUAUAUACUUUCUUGCCUUA